AUGUCAAUUGUACCAAACUCGUCGAAACGAUCAGACCCAUUGAGACAUUCAAUUCAAUCGGAGGAAGUUACUGAACCGAUAGCACUUGUACCAAACAGAUUGGGAUAUUCAAUUGGACCUUAUCAUCCACGACUAGUUGGCAUUGAUAUUACAGGCCAUGCCAGUCUCAUUAUCAAGAAAGCCUUCUUGCACAAUAGGAAAGGAUCACUCAGUGCGCUUGGAGUUCCUUUGGACGUUCUUUGUACACAAUCCAAGGACUACAUUGAAAAGGUCAAUCGCGAAAGAUGCCGGAUUGGUUUAGAAAUUAUCAGUGUAUGGCUCUGGGAACAUUGGAACGCACAAAACGACUACAUAAAUUUGCCGGAGUUCCUUGUAUUUCUGAAAGCAUCAGACGAUAAAAUGACGUUGGAGGAAGCCUAUGAAGCCGCAAUACAUUCCAUGAGACAAAAAAGGCUGCCAUAUUCGCACAAAGCUUUCUUCGAAUCAAAUUAUACCAUAGAAGCAGAACCAGGAGAUUAG